AUGAUUCAAUCGAUUGAUUUUCAUAUUUCAAUACCAAUCACUGAUCAACAACUUUCUCUCAGUGAUACAAUCUUUCGCUAUUUGCCAAAUUCAAUGCGUAAAAUUAAACUUGAAAAAUGUCAAAAUAUUACCGCCGAUGGAAUUUGUGAUUAUAUUGAACGUUGUUUUAAUAGUAAUGAAAAUACUACGAAAAUUCAUCAUCGUUCAACGGAAAUGGUUUUCCGGCAGUGCAAACAGUUAACAACUGUAGCAUUUGAGAGAGUUGCACAACUCCGGAAUAUCUGUAUUGAUGGACAGGAUCCGGUUGGUGAGUAUAUUAUGAAUUGGGUGAAACGACGACAGUAUCAUUUACGACAUACCAAUCAGAAAAAAUUAAUUGCUAUUGAAAUUGACAGUCAUCAAAUGAUCAAACGAAAUGAUUUGUCAACAUCGAUUACAAUUGAGGAAUUAAAUCGAAAUUCAUUUCAUUCUGUCAUACCAUUUCUAAGCAUUUGUCACCUUCAUUCAUCAGCCACUGAACAACUUCUAAUGCCAGCGAUCAAUUCAGCACGAAUGAAUCAAAAAUGGAAAUGUGAACAGGAUUGUAUGAUAACCGGAAAAACGGAAAAGCAUAUUUCAAAAAUAACCGAUCAAUCAGGAGGAAUUUUUAUGCAACCAAUUAUUAAAACAGCUAAUAUUAUUCGUCGAAUAAAUUAUGCAAAUCAUAUUCCUAAUCGUUUUUCAUUUCCGACAAUGUUUGAUUAA